AUGGCCGAAACCGAGGUAGAUCUCGACUCCAUCAUAGACCGUCUUCUAGAGGUCAGGGGCAGCAGGCCCGGCAAACAGGUUCAGCUGCUCGAGACUGAGAUCCGCUAUCUGUGCACCAAGGCGCGUGAGAUCUUCAUCUCGCAGCCCAUCCUCCUCGAGCUCGAGGCACCCAUCAAGAUUUGCGGAGAUAUCCACGGCCAGUACUACGAUCUGCUCCGACUUUUCGAAUAUGGCGGCUUCCCUCCUGAGGCGAACUACCUCUUCCUCGGCGACUACGUCGACCGUGGCAAGCAGUCGCUAGAGACCAUCUGCCUGCUCCUCGCAUACAAGAUCAAGUACCCAGAGAACUUCUUCAUCCUGCGUGGUAACCAUGAGUGCGCCUCAAUCAACCGCAUCUACGGUUUCUACGACGAGUGCAAGCGAAGAUACAACAUCAAGCUGUGGAAGACAUUCACCGACUGCUUCAACUGCCUGCCCAUCGCUGCCAUCAUCGACGAGAAGAUCUUCACCAUGCACGGUGGUCUUAGCCCUGACCUGAACUCCAUGGAGCAGAUCAGGCGGGUCAUGAGACCUACUGAUAUUCCUGACUGCGGUCUUCUCUGCGAUCUCCUGUGGUCCGACCCUGACAAGGAUAUUACUGGCUGGAGCGAGAACGACAGAGGUGUCAGUUUCACAUUUGGCCCUGAUGUUGUGUCACGCUUCCUGCAAAAACACGACAUGGACCUCAUCUGCCGUGCCCAUCAGGUUGUAGAAGACGGAUACGAGUUUUUCUCAAAGCGUCAACUCGUCACAUUGUUCAGUGCGCCGAACUACUGUGGCGAGUUUGACAACGCAGGUGCAAUGAUGAGCGUCGACGAGAGCUUGCUGUGCUCCUUCCAGAUCCUGAAACCUGCCGAAAAGAAACAAAAGUAUGUACCCAAGUUCAGCGCCCGCGGUCUGCCGACUCCUCGUAGCAGAGGAAGUUGA